CAUUGUAUAGAUUCUUCGAAAAUGCCUCGAGCUUUCCUGGUAAAAAAGAUGAACGCCGCGAAUGGAAAAAGAAACUGGAGUCAGCUCCCGGAUUCCGUGCGUGGGGACAUCGACAUACCUGUGGCCCUUUUCCCACCAUAUGUACAUGAGGUGUCUGAGGGCAGCCUUGCAGAGUACUCCUGCUUCACAACUCCACAGAACAUACAUGUUCAUUCAUACAUCCUGUCUGCGCAGCUGCCAUCCUCUACUGCACAGGGUCAACACGAUCAAAGGUCAGAGUGCCGCAUAAGGACACAGAGAGUGCCAUACGUUCGCUCAAAGAUAAAGAUAACUACAGGAAGUAUGCCAUCUCUUCUACCAGAUGUCUCGGAAAAUUCAAGCAAAUUAGCUGAUGUUCCACUUUCUGCAUCAGUAUUCUCCUGCCAUGUAUGCCAGAAGACCUUAAGUACAGCACGUAUGCUGAAACGCCAUAUGAAGUGCCACAGUGAAACAAAGAGAUACUCUUGUGAUCACUGUGGAAAAGGAUUUAAUGAUAAUUUUGACUUGAAGAGGCAUGUGCGUACUCAUACUGGUGUAAGACCCUAUAAAUGCACUAUGUGUGCUAAGGCCUUCAGCCAGCGCUGCUCCUUAGAAUCUCACCUAAAAAAGAUCCAUGAUGUUACUCAACAGUAUGCCUACAAAGAGCGUAGAGGUAAAAUGUAUGUGUGUGAGGAGUGUGGCUUUACAGCACAGACACAGGACAGUCUGCGUAAACAUCUUCAAAUGGAGCAUUCACAGAGCAUGUUAAUAACGACCAGGAGCAACCAUGAACUGCCAUAUAGCAAGGAGGGCAACACAUCACCAUGCUACCCUGAACCCUCCAAAAAUAUGAAUGAUAGUGCUGAGAAUUGA